AUGAGACUGUGGACAGAAGAGGACAUGAGACUGUGGACAGAAGAGGACAUGAGUCUGUGGACAGAGGACAUGAGACUGUGGACAGAAGAGGACAUGAGACUGUGGACAGAGGACAUGAGACUGUGGACAGAAGAGGACAUGAGACUGUGGACAGAAGAGGACAUGAGACUGUGGACAGAAGAGGACAUGCGACUGUGGACAGAAGAGGACAUGAGACUGUGGACAGAAGAGGACAUGAGACUGUGGACAGAGGACAUGAGACUGUGGACAGAAGAGGACAUGAGACUGUGGACAGAGGACAUGAGACUGUGGACAGAAGAGGACAUGAGACUGUGGACAGAGGACAUGAGUCUGUGGACAGAGGACAUGAGACUGUGGACAGAAGAGGACAUGAGACUGUGGAAGAAGACAUGA